UUUUUAUUUUUUAUUUAUAUGUUACACCAGGGUUUCUACACACACUAAAAGGUUACUUACUCACCCAGAUUCACCUCAAAUCAUCCUUAAUUAUCAUCCUUGAUUAAACAUCUCUUUAAUUAUUAAUAAGAAUAUCAUAAUUUAGUUCAAUUAUUGACGAAAAAGGCUGUACUUUAGGUCAAUUGCUAAAAGGUAUACUCAGUACAGUACUGGAGUCUGGAUCAUCUUUCUCCGCUGUUUACGUGUUCCAAAUGCUUCUAGUCUCGAGGCUUGGUCGAUAAUAGCAUCAAGUCCUUCCUCUAAUACAGUUUUGGUCGAUUCAAAUCCGGAUUCAACCCGUCCAACCACCAAAACACUGUUGAAGAGCCGCCCCAAUUGUAAAAAUUCUGAUUCCCUUCCUCAACUUACUUAUUCCUGCUUAACCAAUAUUUGUGAAUACCAUCAUCUCGAAAUAAUUCAAUCCACCUUCUUGCGGAGUACGUACACGACCAACAAUAGCGGUUGACAGUUGACACUCGUCGCAUAUCAACGUGGCGACAACACCGACAAUCGUCUUCUACUAUUAACACAGCAAGAUGACGUCUUAGCGGGCCUGAACAUCAGAAUUUGCGAAGAGUGAAUACCUGCACUUCAAGAGAUUAUUGGGAAGAAACGCGAUAUUGGGAAGUCAACACACUGAAAACAAACGAACACUGGCCAAGUGUUGGUCCAAAAUAUCAACAACCAUGGCUGUUGACAAGCACCCCACCUAUAUCGACCUUCCUCCUGCUCCUCGGAAUGCGGUCAUGUCGCCGAACGAAACAGAGAGAGGUACACCAAGCUCAGAAUAUGAUCGACCAAUAUCACCUUUACAUAUGCCUCCCGGCGAAAUUGAUGGCUUGGAUGCUUUAAAAGCCCAGGAAUAUAUGAGUGGGAGACGAGGAUCAGGCCAGAGUAGUAACCUACAUAUAUACAUACCCGGUAUGGUCUCGCCUGCAGAUGUAGCAUUUUCGGCCAUGCAUUAUUUGCCAUACCCUGUUGUGGUUCUAAAUAGUUCCAAAACGGUGAUACUCGCAAACGAAGCCACUGCGAGACUACUCAGUGCAGACGGCGAUGAAGGUGAAGAAAAUCAAGAUGCACAGUGCGCGGAACAAUACAAAGGACAGACACUUUCCCAAUUGGGCAUCGACAUGGUGAAAGAUUUUAAGCCUGUGUGGGUCACUUGGGACACAUUUCUGGACAGUCUGGGCGAAGAAAUCAAUGUACAUGCGAAUGCGCAAGAGACUGUAUCAUCGGAGUAUGAAGGAGAUGUGACGCCGACGGCUGAAAGAGCCGAACCUCCAAGUAGGAUUACAAAUGUUGAGAAGAAGGCUUCGGUGGUUCAUGAUGCCGUGGUUGAAGUCAUCAUCACAUCUGGAUUAAUAACAGCAUCCUCGUUUGCAGGGCGAACUGCUAAAAAGAUGUCAGAUCGGCGUAAGUUUACCUUUAAUAAUUUGUUCCACGCACAGAGCGGUAGUUUUAGACUUCUUCAAACGCUGUUUGGUUUAUUGAUGCUUCAAACAUUUUCUCGAAAACGGUUGGGUGCUUGUCUUCUUUUCAGUGCUUUUGUGCAUGGCCUGAAAGAGUUUUCAUUUCAAUAUGCUCAACCCAGCGACAUGCAUCAAUUGAGCAAAUAUUCAUUUAAUGGCUAAGUUUUUUUAUCAAAACCAAUCUAACAGGUCCAGAUUCAUACGCCAAAAUGAUCAUUAGUAUCUUCGAAAUUGAGGGCGAAAAAUACUUCAUGUUGACCUUCACGAGUACGGAAAGUACUCAACCUGUAUUACCCAGCUCAAGGGGGAUUUCCAGGAAAGUACACAACCCUAAGCUUCAAAUGGGUUCCAACCAUGGCUUCCAUUCGUCGAGUUCUAUGUCUCGCUCAAACCCAUCGUCCGCCAGCUCCGAACAUAGUUCCAGUCGUGAUUCUAGUCAAGGAUCCAGCGGCUCAUCUGCAAUUUCUAGCCCCACGCAUGCGCCCAUGUCUUCCUCUCCGUUUCCACCUUUGGGUCCCCCGUCACGCGUCAAUAAAUCAGGCGCCCCCUCAAUUCUGCAGAAGGUAAUCGUGUUGAAAGAUGCACUAUUAGAUAAUACGGAAAUUCCUAUUCUGGCAAUGUGGAAAGAUGAGAGUGUGACGAUACCGAAUAAGGCUGCAAGAAGAUUAUUUGCAAGAGAAGCCGACAUGUCGAAUGUUAAAAACGGUAUGAGUUUUUGGCUCUCGAUCUAUGUCUAGCGUUACUAAUAGUUUCUCAGGUUUUGAUCUAGUUGGUAAAUGGCAUUGUUACAACCAUGAUUUCACCGUGGCUUUAGAUCCGUCAGAGUAUCCUAUCUCGAUUUUAGUAAGAACACAGACACCAUUUUCUAGUCGUUUAUUGGGCCUCUAUGACCCCGAUACUGGGGAUAGGAUCCUAUUUGAUUGUUUAGGUAUAAAGAACUCCUAAGAUCAAUCCGAGACAUGCUAAAACCUUUUACAGGAGAAGCGGUUCGAGACCCGGAUACUGGUGAAUUCUUGGCUGGGAUUGUGACGUGCAGGGAUAUCACAGCUGUGACACAACAGAUCGCCGAGAUAAAAGAGGCUGAUGAGCAGAGAUUUCAAAUGAUAUGUGAUAGUAUGCCGCAGCUGAUUUGGACGACUACCCGGAAUGGCAUGCAUGACUGGUUCAGUCAGCGCUGGUAUGACUAUACGGGAUUGACCGUGGAGGAAUCCCUUGGCGAGGGUUGGAAAUCGCCAUUUCAUCCAGAAGAUAUGGCCUUGACAAAGAAGCGCUGGCAACAUUGUCUAGAGACUGGUGAACCUUAUACUACAGAAUAUCGUUGUCGAAAACACGAUGGAGAAUGGAGAUGGAUGCUGGGACGCGCUGUUUGCAUGAGGAAUAAAGAUACUGGCAAAAUCGAAAAAUGGUACGGAACCUGCACGGAUAUCCAUGAUGCGGUCAUGUCACGGUUCGAGGCCAAACGACUCCGUCAACAAUUAUUGUCCGUUAUAACCCAUGCUCAAGUUACGCUGUUUUCCGUGGACCGAAAUCGAAGAAUCAACCUCCUGGAAGGUGCCUUCAUAUGGGAUCUUGAGAGCGAUGUAGGAUCUAGCGAUGAGAGCCUCGCGGGUAGUGGUAAAGCUAAGGGGUCUGAUUACAUAGGGAAGAAUGUUUACGACGUCUUUUCGCAUUCCAGUAACCACAGGCAAAGCCAUGACAUGAUUCCUGCCUCACUACAACCAAUCGAGGAUAUCUUGACUGGAAAGAUAAUGGAAGACAUGCAAGAACACACCAUCGACAAUAGGUGGUACCGCACGAAAUUUGUCCCUGUCCUGGGUAAGAAAGAUGGAGGUGGACAUGUCAAUGAAGCGUUCAUCGAUGGUGUCAUUGGAUUAUCUAUGGAUAUAACUGAGAUUAAAGAUCGUGAAAAUGAUCUCCAGAUGCAAGAAAGGGAGAACACCAAACUUCUUGCAAAUGAAGCAGCUGCCAAAGAGGCCAGUCGGUUGAAGAGUCAGUUCCUUGCCAACAUGAGUCACGAAAUUCGAACACCCAUUGCUGGAGUCAUCGGGAUGGCUGAACUCCUCACUGAUAUGAAUCUUGACGAAGAACAACAAGAAUGUGCCGAGAACAUUCAACGUUCCGCCAAUGCACUUCUCACAGUCAUCAAUGAUAUCUUGGACUUCUCAAAGGUUGAAUCUGGUCGGUUGGAUAUUGAGGAAGUUCAAUUCUCCUUAUCAGUUGUGGUGCGAGAUGUCAGUAAGAUGCUGGGAUUCGCUGCCGAACGUAAGAAUCUAAUGUUCGAUUCCGACAUCACGGUCGGAGUUGAUAAAGAUUUGAUUGUCAUGGGCGACCCAGGUCGAGUUCGCCAGAUCAUCACAAAUCUCCUCACGAAUAGUAUUAAAUUCACCAGCGAAGGAAGAGUCAAGUUCUCGGUCAUCAAAGAAAAAGAAGAUGCAGAUACUAUCGAGGUAAAGUUCGUGGUUGAAGACACCGGUAUUGGAAUUGAGGAGGAAGUCCGGAAACGUCUAUUCAAACCUUUCAGUCAAGCAGACUCAUCGACAGCAAGGAGAUUUGGUGGCACGGGAUUAGGUCUCACGAUAAGUAAGAACUUGGUGGACUUAAUGCACGGUAGAAUUACUUUGGAAUCAUCGUUAGGACAGGGUACGACUGCGACUUUCUGGAUUCCUUUCAACAAGCCACAAUAUCAUGACGGAAAUGCCCUAAUUGAUAUUGGAAGCUUGCCAGAUCGAUUGCAAUCCGAAAUGAGUGUUUCUUGUGGCAGUUCGGAUUAUGAUGUUGGCACUUCGCCCCAGAAAAACUCGUCGGAUAUGCCUAGACAUUAUAGGUCGGCUAGUAUGACGCCUCCAGUUGUGUCCGAGGUAGAGAUGUCGCCUGCUGAUAGAGCCAAUAUCAAAAUCCUUCUUGUUGAAGAUAAGUAAGUGGAUUCAAUCUGGGAUGCGACGUCUUAUGCUAAUAUUUUGCAGUGCUAUCAAUCAACAAAUUGCUUUGAAAACCAUUCGAAAAUUAGGAUUUACCGCCUCGGCAGUUUGGAAUGGAAAAGAAGCUCUUGAUUAUCUCCUCGCAGCAGACUCUCCAAAUCCACCUCAUCCAAAACCAGAUAUAAUUCUUAUGGAUGUACAAGUAAUUUCCCAAGAAUCUCUAUCAUUUUAGAAUAUCCUGCUAAGUAUAUCAAUAGAUGCCGAUUAUAGACGGAUACCGCGCCACCCAUAUACUGCGUCACCACUCCCCCUACAGUUACUCGACCCGUAACAUUCCCAUCGUAGCCAUGACAGCAUCAGUCAUCCAAGGCGAUCGCGAGAAGUGCCAAAAAGCCGGCAUGGAUGAUUAUCUAGCGAAGCCUGUUAAGGGAAAAACUUUGGAGAAGAUGUUGGUGAGGUGGGCGAUUAAUAGAAGAGUUCCGAAACUGGACAGUAACGGGGAUGAUGAGGGGAGUGAUUGUGCGGAGGGAGACAACGAAAAUUGUUCGAGGAGAAGUGAGAAGUCAAAGUAUGUCUCCCUCUGUUUCUCCUAAAAAUCCCUUGCUCUUUGAAGUGUUCCUUCUAUCUGGGAACAGAAUUACGGAUGUAUUGCUGACUCUACACUAUAGAUUUGACAGACGCUCCUCAACAAGUACGGCUCGCCACCGCCCGUCAGCCUCCAUAGAUAAAAACGAAAAGCAUGCACCCAAAGCACCCAUCUCUUCUCAGGAACCUAAAAAACAAUCACAAUCCCAGUCCCAAACAUUCAAACUUGAACCCUCCUCUACGAAGAAAUCUAACCUAGGGCUCGACUCAACUAAAACCUCCAAAGAUCCUUCCAGGCCCUCCCCGGAGCAAUCUCGCCCAAUAAAAAGUGAGCGCCACAAUUCCCAGCGUUUAACUCUCCCACAGCCGGAAUCCGAGGGUGAACGGGCCGUGCGACGCGAAGUUUUUGAGGAAAAAGCCAAGGAGUUACGAGAUGAGAAAUUGGUUGGUGCUGGGGGAGAUGAGCAUGGAACUCUUUCCUUGCAUGACACUCGUGGAAAUGGACAUGUACAUGCGCAUAGAGAUGGCAUGGGGAUCGGUGCGGGGCAGGCGGGAAAUGAAGCAAAACGCCAAAAAUUGACGGUCGAAAAUGUAGAGAGAUUGGAGCGACAAGAAAAUGAAGAAAUGGAGGUAGCUGCAAAAUUAGAGCUUGGGUUAGGGAAUGGGAAUGGAAAUGAGAGUGAGAAAGAGACAAUGAGACAGAAGGAUAAAGGAGGGGAACUAAGGAGAAUGAGCGGGGUCAGAGGGGAUAGUAUGCAGGUUUGGGGAGAUGCUUCGGCAGGGGAUUUAACUCCAGAAAAUUUAAGUAGGAGUGAUACACAUACACCGAGUUCCAUGUUAAAUACUGAUGGAAGGGCACCUGAGAGUCCAAAAGUGAUGAAGAGUCAAAAAGGAAGUGAAGAUUAUUUGGACGGAAAGAAUAGGCAUAGGAAGGAGGAGGAUGUCGAUGAAAACGGAAAUGAAACUGAAAAUGGAGAAGAAAGAAAGGGGAUCAACGAUAGUAAUCCAACCCGCCCGAGUCUGGCAAGGAGAUGGAUGGAUAGUGAAGUUACAGUCCGAGGAUCCUCUGCUGGAGAUUCCUCAGGAUAGAUUUGCUGACAAUAUUCUGGAUGCAUGGAUAGGAUAGGGUAGGCUGGGCUGGCGUAGGUCGGGUCCCUAGAACUGCCGAUGGAAUGGUGUAUACGACAUGUUAUGAUAUGCCAUAGGAAUGCAUAUCUGGCGGUAUUAUAAUGAGCAAGGCGUUUGGGCAUGGUGGUUUUGCAUCGGCGGUCACUUAUUUUUUUGCAUUGCAUAGUAUACGUUCGCUAUCGCAUGUUGCGGGAUCGAUUGGGUUUAUAUAUAUCCAAUUGAGACAGAGGGGUGAAUACGUACGAAUCGUACAUAUUUUUGUGGAUACAUACAUACACACAGUACAUACGUAGAUAUAGGUAGGUAGGUGAUGGGUUGUAAGAUACGAUUAUGAUGAAGGGGUUGGCUGGCGGCAGGGGCUUUGUUUACUUGAUUGGUUGAUUGACCACUCACGCGAUGUUUGUAUUAUAUGAUUGAAGGAUUUUAUUAUGGAUGAUACCUCAAAUAAACAUGUAUGUAAGUUUUAUCUUACACGAUGAAUAAAUGAAUGAAUGCAGAGAGAGGAUAUUCAAAGUAAGUGCAAGAAAGUUGAGAUCAAUGAAGAUA